UGCUCACAUCACAGAGGGAGGAGUUGCCAAAGAGCCCUAGAGCCCAGGCAGCGUGUGUUGAUGUGACAAAUAAGACGGGCGCAAAGCGGAGAACACAAGCGGACUGCGCAAACGUCGUUCUAGUUCCACUUUCGGGGAUGCGGCUCAGGAUCUUCUUGCGAAAAGUUUGACAUUUUGGGGCGGGGGAGGGGACAAAAGGGGAGUUUGCAUGCAAAGAUGCAGAGACCAGGAGGGCAAGGGACUGCCUUUUCCAUCGAUUCCCUCAUCGGGACCCCCCAGCCCAGACCGGGACACCUGCUCUAUACGGGCUACCCCAUGUUCAUGCCCUACAGACCCCUGGUCAUCCCGCAGGCCUUGUCCCACUCGCCUCUCUCCUCCGGGAUCCCUCCACUGGCGCCGUUGGCGUCCUUCGCGGGCCGCCUCACCAACACUUUCUGCGCCAGCUUGGGCCAAGGCGUGCCGUCCAUGGUGGCUCUCACCACCGCCAUGCCCAACUUCUCCGACCCGCCGGACAACUUUUACCCGCCCCAGGAGCUGCCGGGACCGCGUCUGAGCGCUGCCGAGCCCGGCGCGAGGAGGCAGGAGAGCCCGCACUCGGAGGAGCUGCACGGCCGGGAGAAAAGCUCCGAGUUGCUUAACUUUUCGGAAACUUUCCAGACGAUAUCAGGCGAGACCAAGCUGUACAGUUCAGACGAUGAGAAAGCGGACCCGAAGUCCGCAGAGGCCGCGUGCAGCGAUCGUGACGACAGCUCCGCGGACAGCGAGAACGAGAGCUUCUCGGACGGCAACACCUGCGGGCCACUGUCGCAGAAGGCCAAACUCAAAUUGGGGCCCCACGACGCGCUGCCGCCCGGUGCCUCCUCGGCGGGCAAGAGCCGCCGGAGACGAACGGCUUUCACCAGCGAGCAGCUGCUCGAACUAGAGAAGGAGUUCCACUGCAAAAAGUACCUUUCGCUCACCGAGCGCUCGCAGAUCGCGCAUGCGCUCAAGCUGAGCGAGGUCCAGGUGAAGAUCUGGUUCCAGAACCGCCGAGCCAAGUGGAAACGCAUCAAGGCCGGCAACGUCAACAACCGCUCGGGGGAGCCCGUGAGGAACCCCAAAAUUGUGGUGCCCAUCCCGGUGCACGUCAACAGGUUCGCGGUGAGGAGCCAGCACCAGCAGAUAGAACAAGGGACGCGGCCGUGAACGCAAUGACGUCACUGAAAAAAAAGAAGCAAAGAAAAUCGAAAGAAACACUUAAAGAGACUCCAGCGUGAAGCACAAACUGGAGUGAGGACUGGAAAUAUUCUGUCACUUUUAUUUAUUGAUUUGUGAAUAUGUACAUAACACAACCGUACAAAGGGGCACUAUCAACAGAAUGUGUAUUGUUUUUUUUUUUCGUAUUUAUACGUCAGGCCAAAACUUUCUGUUUGUUGCAUGUGAUUUUCUCAUUUUGUGGCGAGUCUGUUUAACAUAUUUUUGUUUGUUUUAUUGGUGGGCGGGGGGUGUUUUAUACAAUGUGUUUGCAUGUAAGAAGCUUUUGCUUCGGAAGAACCACAUUGCAUAGAUCAUGAAACGAAAAUGACCAAACAAGGGACAAGUGUAAAGUCGAGUGAUCUAAUAAAUCUGUUUCUAUAUAAAAGUCUCA